AUGGAGGCAGGAGACAAUGAAGAAUCACAGAGAUCUGAUCCAGGUUCGACGGCACCCAGUGAUCCACCUUCUAGUUCGAGUUCGAACGGCCGUCAAACAAGAAAUGUUACAGUCACAAUCCAAUAUGCCGUUUUGAACGGAGGCAGACCGAACGCUGGUGAUGACAAUGAUGACACAGUUAGCAGAGUUCCGUUUGUGCUGAAUUUUACGGACGUUCCGCCAUCUGCUACACAAGAGCGGUUGGAGCAGGUAGUAGGACUAGCCUCUACUCUAGCUAUCAAUCGGUUGCAUACUAGAUUCAAUCGUCCCAAGGGUAUUUCAAAAGAGGCUUUCGAAAAGUUGCCAGUUUUAGGCUUGGAUAAGGCACCACAGGAAACAUGCAGUAUCUGCUAUGAUGCUUUUGAGGAGGAAACGUCGUUGGAAGAGCAGCGUAUGGAAAAUAAAAAGAGAGGCUUAGACUCAGAAGGAGGUAAUGAGCCCGAUGCCACAAAACGACAAAGAACGCCUCAAGAAGCAUCGUCAGAAUCUUCUUUUAUACAGCGCGACCAUCAACAAGAUCCUGCGCAGAACUCGGAUGUCUCGGAUUCAGGUGCUAAGAACGUAGCAUCCACCAAGUACAAGCACUCUCCCGUUGAGCUUCCUUGCCGUCAUAUCUUUGGACGGGACUGUAUAAGAGAAUGGACUCAGGAGCACAACACAUGCCCGGUUUGCCGCAGAUCUAUUGUGGAUGCUUCGGGCCUUAACAGCCCUCCGGCAAAUGAGGACCAAGAUAGCUUUCUGGACCAACAGACCCUUGAAAGGAUUAGACUGCUUUUGUAUGGUCCAAUGGCCACGGGGUCAGGAGAAACCGGUCCAUCAGGACGUAACCCAGCAGCCCCAGCACAAAGUCCUUUGUCGGCAACAGACGACUCUGGUACAGGACCUGCUUCGAGAGCAGACCCUUUAAGCAGUCUGGCUAAUUUCAUCGUAUUCAGGCCCAAUCGCAGUCCCGCUGCUAAUGACACAGGCACCAACCGCGGCUCGCCGCAAUUACCCCCAAUUCCAAAUAGCACUUCUGCACCAGCGACUGCCGGUCAGACCCCGCCUUUGAUUCUCAACGGUGCAAGGCCAAGCGGUAUAGGAUUGAUGCCCAUCACCUUCAUUCACCUCCGUGGGAGAUCUCCGGUGCAACAGAGUGAAGAAGGAGAGGAACGCCCCAGUACAGGUGACUCUGUAGACACUACGGCUUCACGGACUGCUCCUCCGGAAAACGCAGCUCAGGGCGUCCCUCCAAUUACCACAGACACUUCCCCAGAAACGAAUAGUUUCAUCGCCUCACUAAACCAUAUUUUCAAUUUGAAUAACAGCGACUCUGCGGCUACAUCGAAUGAAUCACAAGGAAACUCCUUUGGCGCUUCUGCCUCCAACGCUAAUAACGAUACCCUUGAAGACCGAAAUGAAGCGGGGCAAGACAAUGCACAAUCACUGAGCGGGAAUAACACCAGCAGGAACCAAAGUCCCGAGCGUCGUCGGGGCUUCAACUUGAACAGUCUUUUGGGACUUGCUCGAAACUUCAGCAACUUCAAUCAUCGGAGAACUGAUCCUGAUCCUAUGUUUAGUACUGGUGUGGCUAGUCGAAGAACCGCAGACGGUGUGUCCACCGUGAACUUCAAUGGCGAGAUGCCCAAUCCAGAAUCCCAAUCUCACGAGCAAUCUCACGAGCAAUCUCACGAGCAAUCUCACGAGCAAUCUCACGAGCAAUCUCACGAGCAAUCUCACGAACAAUCUCACGAGCAAUCUCACGACCAGCAUGACGAUUCACAAGCCCACCCUGCUCCUCCUCGGGCUGACGAAUCGCAAUGA